GGUUGUCCUCGGUGAUUUAACGGUGCUGCGCAACACAGCGACAGGAGAAUACCGAUUUCUGUCCACUUGGGCCUUUUUUUCUUUUCUUUUCUUUCUCUCGGCUGCGUUUCUCGUCAGCAUAGGCGUCGAUUAAGCGGGGGCCAAAAACAAACCUAAAACAACAUUUUUCUUCGUCCGAGUUGACACGGUGUUUGUUCAGUGCGGUGAAAUGAGGCAGGGGGCGGACAGUCGCCAAAGAGACGCUGGGCUCCGGCCAAACAUUUCUGCAUGUUAGCGCCCAUGCGUCCGAUUUGCGUCGCAUUGCAUUUCAUGCAUCAUCUUCUCUAGUCGUUAUAUUUAUAUAUUUUUUCAUCUGUGUGCAAAGUGCACGGUGGAUGGAAGAUGCAGCUGCUUUGAGGACAACCCCCCUCCUUUCCCUCUCCUCCUCCUCCUCCUCCUCCUCCGUACAUCCAUCGCUGCCAUGACAGGCGGAGGUCUGCUCCCCACCGCGGCUCGGCCGGCUGGAGAAGAGGCGGAUUGAUUCGGGCCGGUGGAUCUGUCCUGCGGAUGUCAAACGCGUGAAAACGUUGCUCGGCCACCGCGAUUGUCACUCAGGGAAGAACGCCAACAUGUCCUCUCGAUCUGCAUUACCGUCUGGUAACGACAGGAGCACCGGAGACCACCAUGUAUUACUGGGGGCCAGCCGUGCAGACAAGGCUACGAGUCAGUCCAGUCGUUCUCUCGGCGCCCGGUGCAGGAACUCAAUCGCCUCCUGCUCUGACGAGCAGCCACACAUUGGCAACUAUCGUUUACUCAAGACCAUCGGCAAAGGAAACUUUGCCAAGGUCAAGUUGGCACGCCACAUCCUGACGGGCAAAGAGGUUGCAAUAAAAAUCAUAGACAAAACUCAGUUGAAUCCAACCAGCCUACAGAAGCUAUUUCGAGAGGUACGAAUAAUGAAAGGCUUGAAUCACCCCAACAUAGUGCAGCUGUUCGAGGUGAUUGAGACGGAUAAAACUCUUUACCUUAUCAUGGAAUACGCCAGCGGAGGUGAAGUGUUUGACUACCUCGUUUCGCAUGGAAGAAUGAAGGAGGUUGAAGCCAGAGCCAAAUUUCGACAGAUAGUUUCUGCUGUCCACUAUUGCCACACAAAGAAUAUUGUCCACAGAGAUUUGAAGGCGGAGAACCUCCUGCUGGAUGCAGACGCCAAUAUCAAGAUUGCCGAUUUCGGUUUCAGCAAUGAGUUCACUCUGGGCAACAAGCUGGACACGUUCUGUGGCUCACCGCCCUACGCUGCCCCCGAGCUUUUUCAGGGGAAGAAGUAUGACGGACCGGAGGUGGAUGUGUGGAGUCUCGGAGUUAUCCUGUACACGCUGGUCAGCGGCUCCCUGCCUUUUGAUGGCCAGAACCUAAAGGAGCUGAGGGAGCGUGUGCUGAGGGGAAAGUACCGUGUGCCCUUUUACAUGUCCACAGACUGUGAAGGCAUCCUUCGCCGAUUCCUGGUGCUCAAUCCCUCCAAACGCUGCACCCUAGAGCAAGUCAUGAAGGACAAGUGGAUAAAUUCAGGGUAUGAGGGUGAGGACCUAAAGCCCCAUAUAGAACCCGUUGAGGACUACAGCGACGCCGCCCGCAUCGAGGUGAUGGUCGGCAUGGGCUUCACCCCUGAGGAAAUCAAGGACUCUCUGCUCAAUCAGAAAUACAAUGAAGUCACAGCCACAUACUUACUGCUGGGCCGCAAAGGCGACGAGGGCAGCGAGGCCCGUUCAGCCAGUACGCUGUCCUUGGCAAGAGUGAGACCCAGUCCUAUUACCAACGGAACCAACAAACACUCUUCAACAACGGGCUCUUCAUCCUCUUCCACCUCCUCCUCACAUAGCAAGACACAGCGCAGUGCCUCCACUUACCACCGGCAGCGACGACAUAGUGACUUCUGCGGCCCCUCCAUGCCCGUCAUGCACCCCAAACGGAGCCCCACGAGCACAGGCGAGAGGGAGCUGCGAGAGGGACGAAUGCCUUCGCGUAAAGCUAGUUGCAGCGUGAUGGGAAGCCACAGCCUCCCUCCGUCCAGCCCAAUGGUCAGCAGCGCCAACAACCCCAACAAGUCAGAGAUCCCAGACCGCCGCAAAGACAUGACCGCCACCACAAACAACAUCCCUGGAAGCGCCAUGACCCGCCGGAAUACAUACGUUUGCACGGAUCGUUCAGGUGCUGACAGACACUCUCUCCUGCAGAAUGGCAAAGACAACAGCUCUUUGAGCCACCGCUUGCCUGCAGCCUCUCCCUCCACACUCAGCAUUUCCGGGGCCGGAGCUGCAUCUUCCUCCUCUUCUUCAGACCGGUGCCGCCUGACCCGGGGUUCCACAAUCCGCAGCACCUUUCACGGGGGGCAGCUGAGGGACCGUGGCCCUCCCAUCUACUCGGCUCCGCCCACUUCACCCACCCUGUCCCACCAUGAUGCCAGCCCGUUGCCCCAUGCUCGCACCAGGGCGACGUCCAACCUCUUCACCAAGCUGACCUCCAAACUCACUCGCAGGGUCAACCUUGACCCGUCCAAGCGCCAGGGCUCAAACAAAUCAGUGUCGGGUUGCACUCUACCCCAAGGAUCAAAAACCGUUAGGUCACAAAUGAAUCUGAGGGAAUCAGGAGAUUUGCGGUCACAAGUUGCCAUCUACCUGGGUAUCAAAAAGCGCCCGAGUCCCGGGCCGUCGGACGUGGCUGGGAUCUGAGAGGAAGUGGGCGACGGGACCCUGCGGAGGUGGUACUUGCUCUGCGGGAGGCAGCGCUCGGAUGUGGCUGCCAGGUACACCACGCCGGCCCUUUUCUGCUGUCCUGCACCCAUGGCGCGGCGGGGGGCUGCGUGGCUUUCG